UUCCUCACUCUAUUUGAUCAUCUCUUCACCAUCACAACCAACGAGAUGGCGUUGAAAUUACUAUCACUCAUUCUUUUCGUCGCGGUGCUGAGCUUCGACUUCAAUGCUUGUGUUGGACAAAGCGACACCAACUUUUACUUUACGUUCGAUGACGAUUUGCAAGGACUAACGGUGCACAGGGGCACCUGGAAAUGGUCUGACAUGGCAAGCAUGCAGUACAAAGUACCUCCUGGUAAAGAUGGCUUUGCAGUUUACGACAAACCACGUGAAGGGGACGAGCUAUACUCUGAUUUUAUUCCACUAGAUUACGGCUUAAAUUACACCAUCACGUUCUUCCUCAACUCAAAGUACGAACAGGGAACAACGUUUGCCUUGCACAAACUCUCCCGUUCUGGCUAUUACCUUGAGAUCAUUGCCGACUACACGUAUCUCUCCAGUCCCCUCAACAAGAACUGGAUGACCGUCUCUGGAUAUGUGCCACCAGAAUCUCACGCUUUGUUUGCGCUAUUCUGCCAGUCUGAAUAUUCCAAUCCAAACGGCAUCAAUGGUUAUCUCUGGGGUUGUGCUGUGGACUCAAUGAACCUCAUCACAGGACCUGACCCAACCUCUACCGCACCCCCCACCACAACAACCACCUCAACCACUACAACUCCCACUACAACCACUACAACAACUCCUACCACGACCACUACAACUCCCACUACAGCUACAACGACCACAACUACAACAACACCCACAACUACAACAACCCCAACUACGACAACUACAACAACACCAACUACGACAACAACCCCAACUACGACAACAACUACAACAACCCUAACUACGACAACCUCAACUACGACAACAACUACUCCAACCACUACUACCAAACCUCCUCCUCCUGUGAUUGACUUCAACUUCACGUCGGGUACCCAAGGCUGGGUGUUGGGGAGCAGCAAUGGGGCAGCCUGGAGACGGCAAAACACCAGCGGGGAGUAUGCCAUUGAAGUUGUGGGGUCACCAGUUAUUUCAGGUGUGGUUUUGGCCACGAGUCCGCGCUUGAUCGUGUGGAAGGAAGGCGAAGUGACCGUGUCUGUGACGUUUAGCGUGGAAGGAUCUUAUGAGUAUCCUGCAUCCCUCAGAGUUCGACGCUCCUACUCCUACAAUAACUUCGACCCUAAUCCCGCAAUUUCGAUGGAUGACUUCGGAACGAACGGUACCUUCGGUUACGAGACCUACACCGACACAUUCCGCAACCUGGUGCCCGGCGAAAAAUUCUUCAUUGUUUUGGAGGGGUCGCUGGGCAUUGACCAGGGCAACGUAAUCUCUGUUACGGCGAUGCAGCUCGUGGGCGCCUCGCCAUACCCCGUGCCUGAGCAGGACUUCUUCGACUUCCAUGGCGGCCUUGUGGGUUGGUCACAAGGCAACAUGGACGGUGGCAGGUGGCAGGUGGAAGACUACCGAAAAGUAGGCGUGACCAUCCCCAAGCCCACUGGGCUCAACGUUCUCUACGUCGACAGAUACGACAUUUUCAGCGGCGUGAUGACCAUCGAGUCUCCUCCCCUCUCCACCAUCACCGGCUCAAACAAGACUAUCAGCGUCCGGGUCUCGGUUCGAGGCAGCCACGACAACCCAGUAUCUUUGAGACUGCGAGCCAAAUCUCUGGACGGAGACUACGAUAACCUUCCCUUCGUCUCGGUGCUCGUGAAGGCUGACAACUUGAACUGGCAGGUCGUGACGGCAAGCUACCAAGUAUACAACGAGUUCUUCCAGCUCGUGAUCGAGGCUGAUCUUGGCAGGGGCAGUUCAAACUUCAUCGCCAUCGACACGAUUUCCGUCAGAUCCGAUGAUCCGAUCACUGAUAGUCCUACCACUGAUGAUACAACCACGUAUGGUACUACCACUGAUGGUGCUACCACUGAUGGUGCUACCACUGAUGAUACUACCACUGAUGAUACUACCACUGAUGCUGCUACCAUUGAUGAUACUACCACUGAUGCUACUACCACUGAUGAUUCUACCACUGAUGCUACUACCACUAAUGGUGCUACCACUGAUGAUACUACCACUGAUACUACCGCUGAUGGUACUACCACUAACGGUAUCACUGAUGGUACUACCACCGAUGCUACUACCACUGAUGCUACUACCGCUGAUGGUACUACCACUAAUGGUAUCACUGAUGGUACUACCACUGCAGGUACUACCACGGCAGGUACGACCACUAAUAUUACGAUCGGUGAAAGUACAAUCACUGAAAAUCCGACAUCCAAUGAGACAACAAUCAGAGCAGGAAGAUUCGACAACUAUGAUUGGGAAUGAUAGGCCGCAAGUUUAUACAUAACUCUGUCGCCUUCAGCCAAAAUUCGUCACCCGCUAACAAACUUUUUUACCUGAAACCAAAUUUCACCACCAAAUCCAAACUUCUUUGCCCUCAAACAUAAUUCGUCACCUAGAAAUAAAAUUUUAUCAAAGUAAUAAGUAAGUAAAACCAGGAAUGAAGAGCGCUGAUUUGCUGCUAAUGUAUCGUGAAUAGUACUUCUUCUCUGAUAAUAAACUCAAGCCAUAC